UCCAACCUUGCUCAAAACAGAUUGCUAAUUACCAAGAUAGAAAUCAAGCUAUGUGUCAUAGGUGCUUUCGCCGCAUAUGCAGCUAGAGUGGAGCAGAUUAUCUCCAAAUUCAACGCAUCCCUUAGAAUUCCAACAUGUCCCAUGCCCCCUAGAAGGUUCUACACCACUGCUGAGGUUGAUAAUUGUUAAUCAACCGCAUUUGUGUAAAACAUGAAUGAUGGGCUUGAUUACGUACAUGCGGCGCUCUAUACGUAAUUUGAAUAUCCCUUUGAUAGGUGACUACGCGAUGCAGUUCAUUCGCAUGUAUACAUCUCGUAGAUCCAACUGAGCUCGAUUCACGUCAAUAUCAUGCGGGUUUGGUAAGUCCAGUCCAUGGACCGACGCAAUUCCAAAACUUGAAGUGUGAUUAAAGUUGUCUACACCUGCGAGCUAGCCGCGGCCGCUCUUUCCUUCUACGACUUUGCAUGACUAAUCGUCACAUGACUGUCCACGUGCGCACGCACACAAUCGACCAUGCUUUCGCGCGGAGACGAACAGCAACACCACCGAUUCUCCCCUCUAGUCAUACUGCUGAGUAUCGGCUUGAGACACAAGAGAGUUCACAAAUAGCGUUUGCCCAGCCCACCGCCGCCAUGCAUCCCGAGAGAUCUGUUUUCGAUCGCCGACCAACGGAUACCAAAUUCCCCAACCAUACCCAUAACAGACUGGAAGAUGCAGACAAAGGACCAAAACUUGCUUCGUCUCUCAUGAAAAACCGUUACCCUCGAAGCGCAAUGUCGAAAAAGGCUGUUGCCGAACAGAACAUGAGAAGUCUGAACGCUUGGUACUACUCCAGAGGCAGCGAAGCGACACUAAAUCACACCCACGCCGUUGCUGAAGCAUCUGCAAGCACACACCACAUGUCACAGCACUCUGAUGCGAGUAUGAGACACUACUUGGAGGGAGAUGAUGAUACCUCUGUCUCUGAUUAUUAUAAUCCUUCAUACGACUCCGAUGUUGAUGGCUAUUACUCUGAUUAUCGCCACGACCCUGACAACGACCAUGGUUCUGAUAAUGACUAUGAAUCUGACAACGGAUGUCCCUAUGAAAAUGGCUCUGACCCUGAUUACGGAAACGACCCUGAUAACGGCUGCUCCUCAGACAAUGGCUAUGGCUCUGACAACGCAUAUGAUCCUCACAACGGGUAUGACCCUGAUAUCGGAUAUGGCUCAUAUAAUGGAUAUAGCUUUGAAGGAAGUGAUACUAAGAAUGACUUCCUUACUUCUGCUGAUGGUUCUGAGGCGGUACUUCUACAAGAAGUCUCUGCAGGCACCCAACGUCAUUCAACAGAACCUCAGCCGGAUGAGAAAAUAUGCGUUUCGCGCUGUAAAGGAAAUGGCUCACACGAUAUCGUAACUCUGAUUUGCGGAGACAACUACUGUGUGGGAUGUCUGGUAGCACUUUUUAUCGAGUCGCUUCUUCGCCCCGCUUUAUUUCCUCCACGUUGCCAUAACCACUGGAUACCCUUGGAACUCGUAGAAGUAUAUCUUUCAGAUGAACUGAUCUCCAAAUACGAUGCGGCUGUCAACGACUUUUAUACCACGAAAGAAGGCGGAACGCUAUGCAGCAACCCCAAAUGUCGCUUCUGGGUCCCACCGUACCGGUUUGUGAGCGUUGCCGGAAUACCCCAGGCCGUCUGUGAUAGAUGCCAGACGUUGACUUGCGGAAAUUGUGAGGGUCUAUACCAUGGCCGAUCAUCUUGUCAGAUCUGA